AUGGGGUCACCAGGGCUAGUAACUCCUAGCGCCGCUACUGGAGGUCGCCAACGUAACAAGUGGCCGCGUUUGGCGCCAUCUCCACGCAAGGAUCGCACUUCUACAGUUCAAUCCUUCGUCAGUCGUAUGAAGUCGAAGCUUUCCCCCGACUCUACCAAGCUGGGCGCGGCUAGCUCUAUAAUCCAAGAUAGGGGCCCGUCACCGAGGGAUACAUCCAUUUCUAGUAAGAAAGACGUGGAAACAUCUGGGAAGAGCCCGUGCAUAGAGGAAGACAUUUCUACCCCUAGCAUUUCUGCCUCUGGCUCAAGUGUGGAUAUCGGCAAUAGCACCAUGGUCUCACCCUACUCACCUCCAGACAGAAAUUUUUCAACUGCUUCUAGCGAGGAAAGAUCUACUAAACAGUCAGUUGAAGAAUCAUAUGGCAGCAACUCCUCCUUUGUCGUUAAUCCGGAUAGAGAAGAUGACGUAUUUGGACUGUCGGAAACGAGAUCCCAAGGAGAACAAGAAAACGACCAGGAGCCUGAAGACACCGGAGAGGCAGAAAUUCUUGAAAUAGAAGUAGAAGUUGAUUCGAACGCAGAAGCGCAUGUGGAGGCCGACUUGGAUGUUAGAACUGAUACAAAUUCCAGCUCAGAGAGCAGGGACGUCAUUAAUGACGACUCCGCCGACGACGAGGGUUGCAGCGAUAGGGAAAGCGAUGUGGACAACGACAGAGAAAAUGGCGACAACGAAGAAGAGGAGGAGAUGAUAUCAUCCCGGGAAGUGGACUUCCUUCUUGACAAUGCAGAGACAAACAGACUUAACGACCUGGCUGCACUCCAAGAUGAAUUCGAUGACCAGAUUGGGUAUCUUGCCGAUGAGAGAAACAAACUGCUCAGUGAGAAAAUGUUCUGGCAGACCAAAUUCGUCACUGCCAUCAAAGGAAGGGAGCAACUACGCUCCCGUGCCUCAUCCUUGUCGGAGGAUAACUCCCGCAUUGAGGCGGUCAAUAAGAUGCUCCAGCGUGAGAUGGGGCUUAUACAGGAUAUCGUUGACCGGCAAUACGAAGAAAUGGCGGAAAUUAAAGCCAACUGUAUGGACACGGUCACGCAGCUCAGCAAGGCAUGUGAGAUUACCAAGUCAUACCUCGAGAAGGCCAGAAACGAAAACACGAAGACUGCAAAGGAACUAGCCAUUCUGCGCAAAGUCGUCCUGAGAAUCCGACAGCCAUCUAAGAAACUCACUGAGUUCUCGAUGCAUCAUGACUUCAAAGAGACCUUGGAAGUUAACCAAAAGCUAAAGGAUCGAACCGAGACCCAGCAGCUAGAACUUGACAAGCUGCAGGCCCAGCUAGCCGAACGAGAUGCGAAGGUUGAGAAGCUACAGGCGGACAGUACACAGCUGGAAGAACAACUCGACGGCCUAGUGUCCCUUAAUGCGAAAUGCAGGAAAGAGUUAGAGGAAGCCAACCGUUCGCUAACAAGCUACGAGAAGUCUCUAUUACAGGCUCGAGACAAAGAAGCUCAACUAAACGACGGCCUCGUUACCGCCCUAGGUGAAUGGUCAAGCAAGAAGAAGAAAUUCAAGAACGAGUUAGUUGAGUGUCGGGCUAAGCUGCAGCUUAAGGACACGAUGAUCAAUGCUCUUCACGGCCAGUCCUCGAUAUACCUGGAAAACUGGAAGGAGACCAUUAACAUGCUCUCGGAGAAGAAUCGGGGAGAUGAGCUGUCGGUAAAGCUAGCUGCCUGUCUCAAGGAGACGCUGGAUCGCAACGAAGAGCUAGAGCUUGAACUUGGCCGGCUUCGUGAGAGGACUUUAACUCUUAACUGA